UUAUUCACACACACCAAUACUACAAGUGACAGCAAGAUCCUAGUUAAGACACAACCAACAUUUGUUCUCUCUCUCUCCUGGUCUCUGCUCAUCAUCUUCUUCCAUUUUUUUGCUGAUUAAAACAGAAAUUUUCAAGCCUAAAGAAAAUUGUGUUAAGAAAAAAAUGGCAAGUGGGGGUGGCUAUGGAGAUGCAAGUCAAAAAAUAGACUAUGUUUUUAAGGUGGUAUUAAUAGGUGAUUCAGCUGUAGGAAAAUCUCAAAUACUGGCUCGUUUUGCUAGGAAUGAGUUUAGUCUUGAUUCUAAGGCUACUAUUGGUGUUGAAUUUCAAACAAGGACACUUGUUAUUCAACAUAAGUCUGUUAAAGCUCAGAUCUGGGACACUGCUGGUCAAGAAAGAUAUAGAGCUGUCACGAGUGCGUACUACAGGGGAGCAGUGGGAGCUCUGCUUGUUUACGACAUAACAAAACGCCAAACUUUUGAUCACAUACCCCGCUGGCUUGAAGAGUUACGUGCGCAUGCUGACAAGAACAUCGUGAUUAUGCUGAUCGGAAACAAAACUGAUCUUGAAGAUCAACGAGCUGUUCCAACUGAGGAUGCUAAAGAAUUCGCGCAGAAAGAAGGAUUAUUCUUCUUAGAGACUUCUGCAAUGGAAGCCAGAAAUGUCGAGGACGCUUUCUUUACUGUUUUGACAGAGAUCUUCAACAUUGUGAACAAGAAGAAUCUUGCUGCAGGUGAUGAUCAAGCAAAUGGUAAUUCUGCAUCUUUAACUGGAAAGAAAAUUCUUGUACCUGGUCCUGCACAGGUUAUCCCAGAAAAGAAAGCUUGUUGUAGAUCUUGAAAUAUUACAAUUUGGGAUUGUUCUUUCAUUUUUUGGGGUGUCAAUUUCUUGGGUUUGUUAGAUUCAAAGUCAUCUCAUAUUGAUUCUUGAGUCUUUUUGGUUAUAUAUUUUUAUUGUUAUUUUUUGUACUGUUAAUGAAAGGAAAUGGUUAUUGUGAGUUAAUGGAAGGGGACAGCAGCAACUUAUUACAUAAGCUGCAACAAGAAUUCUUCAUGCGAGACUUAGGGCUCAUUAAAAAAUGAAGCUUGGCGUUGAAAUUCUUUGAACCAAAUCAGUUUUGUUCCUAUCUCAACGAAAAGAAUUUCUGACUUGCUUGCUCGCUUGAUCACUGGAAUCGAAGCCAACACAAGGAUGGGAGGGCAAACGGAAUACAAUAGAGAACAAAAGCUACACGAUGGAAGCCAAUUGCACCUUCAACAUCUACUGGAUCUCAAAGAGAAAGAUAAAUCUAUUUCAUCUGUAACUACAAGAUAGGACUUUAUAGUUACUGGUUAUAGUGUAUUGGCUUUAACUUUUGUAUAUUGACGCUCUAACGAAUUUCUUACACUAUCAAGUCAUCUAAAAAGUAAUUUUAUGUAA